AAGUAUGAACAAUUUUCGUCUAUGGUUAAGCGUCACUGGCAAGUAUAGAUAAAGAGAACAUAUAGUAAUAGGAGAAGGACAAAGAUAGAAUAAAAAUUAGAAAAUCAGCGCCAUCUUCAGAGUGCCGUAAAUGAAACUAACUAUAGAUAAAAAAAGCAAAUAGAAAUAGAUAAAAAUUAUAAAAUCAGUGUCAUCUUCAGAAUAUCGCAAAUGAAACACAAGGAGGCAAGGACAACAAAUAAUAAGAAAAGGUUAAAGAUAGAGUAAGAAUUAUUCAACUACGUUAUCUUUUGAAUAUUAAAAAUGUAAAAGCAUUCAAGAAAUGCUACAUAAAUUUUAUUUACAUUAGCAUGUAAAUAUAGCAUUGAAAUUUUUAUUCUAUUUCUAUUUUUUUUUCUAUUUUUUAUUUCUUAUUAUAUUAUUAUAUUGUUUUUAGUUCUUAGUAUUCUGCAAAUGGCGCUGAUUUUCGAAUUUUUAUUUUAUCUGUACUUCUAUUAUUUAUUAUUUAUUAUUCUAUAUUAUUUUUUUUUUUAAUCUAUACUUGUUUUAUCCAUAUUGUUGUAUUCAAAAUUUAUGCUCAAAAUGAUUUCAAUAUUUAAUUGAAUUUAUUAUUUUCUCUCUUUAAUCUAUUAAAAAUGAUUAAAAAUCUCUGGAAUUUAUUCAAUCCAAUGUUAUUAAUAUAUCCAUCAUAAAUAUCAUUAUUUAUAUUUUAUUGAUUUUUAUUGUUUUUAUUGAUAUUUUUUGUUUAUUAUUAAAAUUUAAUUAUAUAUAUAAUAAUAUAUAUAAUAAUAUAUAUAUUCAUAUAAAUUUCUCCAUGAUUCAACAUCGAUAGUUAUUUUCGAGAUAAAAUGGCGGCGUACAUACAACCUAGUAUAAUAUCAAUAUUACAGUUUUACAUUUUUUAAAUAUUUAAGUAUUAGAAAUAAACACAGUGACAAUAAGUAACUUUAAAAUCUAUAAAAAUUUUAAACAUAUGUUUAAAUAAAUAUCUAUUAAAUAUUCUAAUUUAUUAUAACGUAUUAAUACGUCGUAUCUAUGUAAUUUAUAUAUUACUUUUUUUAUGUUAGUCAUAUUUUAAUGUUACAUUUAUGUUACAUUAUUUAUAAAAUAUUUUAUCUAAUUUGAAAAAUUAAUAAAUUAGUGCUAAAUAAAUAAGAUGCAUACAACUGGAAAUUUUAUUUUACAUGGUGGUGAUACAGCAUUUGCAAAUAGACAAAAAUUAUUAUUUGAUAAAUUAUCAGAUGCAGAACAAGAAUGUAAUAAGAAUAAAAUUGUUAAUGAACCCAUGGAUAUGGAUUCAAAUAUUGAACAAUCAAAUUAUUUUCAAAUUUUAAAAGCUGGCCGUCAAAGUCAAACAAGAAGAUUUCGUGGUAAAGAAAGUAUAUUUAAGAGACCAGAAGGUCCAGCACCACGUGCUCUUAAUAGAAGUAUACCAGAUUUUCAUAAGAAUCCUCAUAAAUGGAAAAAAUAUAGUUUAGAUGAUGUAUCUAAUGAUGACAUGACAGAAGAAAGUAAUACAAGAGCUGCAUUGUCAUUUCUAAAAGAAUUAAAAGCAAGAAGAUCAUUGGAAAAACUGAAACAAUCAGAAAAAAUGGAUAUAAAUGAAUCUGAUUUAGUUAACAAAAGUCAAAUGAAGAUAAUAUUUAAAUCCAAGAAAAAGAAAAUAUCUACUGAAAUUGGAUUUAAAAAACCUGAAAAUAAUACUAAUAAUAUAGAUAAUAUACCAAUUAUUAUUGAAAACAACGAUAAGCCAGUCUUUAAGAAUAGUAAACUUAUUAUGCCAGAAUAUGUUGUUGGUCAGAAAAGAAAGACAAAAGUUAAGAAAGAAAAAUGUGUAGCGAAGGUAGAUAGAUCAAAACAACUUAAAUUAGAUCAUCUAGAAGAACUUGAUGAAGAAGAAAAUUAAAUAUUAAUGAAUUAAUUAUUAUUUAAAAUUUUCUGUAUAAUAUGAGUAUUUAAUAUUGUGUUAUUGAUUAAAUUGAUUAAUUGUACUUUGAAUAUAGCAGCAAUAAAUAUACUGUACAUCAUUUUAGCUAUAAAAUGUUCUAUGUUUUACAAGA